AUGGGUUCUUGUUCUUUGUUCUCUCUUGCUCUUUGCUUUCUUGUUCUCUUCAAUUGUUGCUUUGCACAAAUAGAGCAAGUGACUUCGCAACAUGGCCAGCAAUGUCAACUUGAUAGGAUCAAUGCCCUCGAGCCUUCUCGAAAGAUCAAAUCAGAGGCUGGUGUUACUGAAAUUUGGGACGAGAACGAUCGGCAGUUUCAAUGCGCUGGUGUUGUUCUUAUCCGCCACAAGAUUAACAACCGAGGCCUUUUGGGCGUUCACGGAGCUGUAAUCCCAGGUUGUCCAGAGACAUUCCAAUCAUCAGGACAGUAUUCUAGGGAUCGAAGAGGAAGAGAAAGCUCCGAAGACCAGCACCAGAAGGUUCGACAAGUUAGAGAGGGCGAUGUUGUUGCCUUGCCUGCAGGAGUAGCUGAUUGGUUUUAUAACAAUGGUGAUUCCCCUCUUGUUCUUGUCCAACUUCUUGACACUAGCAACGAUGCCAACCAGCUUGAUCAGGAUUUCAGGAAAUUCUUCCUGGCUGGAAACCCACAACAAGAAUUACAAAGCCAAAGAAGCUCAUACCAGAGAGGCCGAUAUGAAGGCGAAGGCGGAAGUCCAAGGCGCCAACAUGAAAGAUAUCGCAAUAUCCUCAGUGGCUUUGAUGAGCGAAUCCUUGCGGAAGCAUUCAACGUUGAUACCAGUCUAGCAAGAAGGAUGAAGAACGAAAAUGAUAAUAGAGGCAUCAUCGUCCGAGUUCAGCAUGAACUUCAGAUGGUAAGUCCACCAGAGAGUCUAGAGGAGGAAGAAAGAGAACAAGAAUACCAAAGGAGUCCAGGUCGUGGCCGCAAUGGUCUAGAGGAAACGUUUUGCACCGCCAGGUUGAAGCACAACAUCAAUGAUCCAGAAAGUGCUGAUGUCUUUAAUCCACGUGCUGGACGUCUCGCCACAGCCAACAGCCUCAAUCUCCCCAUCCUUCGACAUGUUCGGCUUAGCGCUCAGAGAGGUGUCCUUUACCCUAAUGCUUUGAUGUCACCAAGUUGGAACAUCAAUGCUCACAGCAUAUGCUACAUAACUAGAGGAAGUGGAAGGAUUCAGAUUGUUGGAGACAAUGGGCAAGCAGUAUUUGAUGGACAAGUUCGAGAGGGUCAAGUAAUAACAGCACCACAGAACUUUGCAGUGGUCAAGAAGGCAGGAAUCCAAGGACUGCAGUGGGUAUCGUUCAAGACCAAUGACCAUGCACAAGUCAGUCAAUUGGCAGGACGUGUCUCGGUCGUCCGGGCCAUUCCUGAUGAUGUUCUUGCAAAUGCAUUCCAGAUAUCAAGGGAAGAUGCUGGGAGGCUUAAGAACAGUAGAGAGGAAGCUAGUGUUUUCAGUUCUUCCCAGCAGUCGCGACAUGGGAGGGAUUAA